CAUCAAUGGGUUGCCGGACUAGUCCAUUUUGAGUGCCAUUUGAAUUCAUAUUAUACAAUAUUUCUAGCGGUAUUAGAUUAAUUAUAUGAAGUAUUAGAACCUUUAUGACAAUGCCCUAGUGUUGGACGUGAUUCUUAUCGAGGAAGUACAGUAUUUGAAGCGGUGGCUAAUACGCCCUUUUAGCACCGGUGAACCGUGGCCACUUCAGCUGACUGCGUCGUACGCAAGGCUACUCUAUCUAAACUAGUAGUAGUCCGCCGAUCGAGGGGAGCGGUUGAGUGCGGGAUUGCGGAAGUGAUAUGCGGAUAUGUCGUUGAGGGUUAAAAUGUUAUUGGAACGAUUCCCAUAGACGUGAGCGCGACAGUAUCGCGGCUCGCGGCCGGGCGAGUUCAGUAUCGCGGCAGAAAUCGGCACGAGUCGCGCGGACAGCGGCGCAGCCAGAGAGUGCCGCGGCGGAGGACCGGACCGAGCCGAGGCUCAAUAAUGCUCAAAUUCCUGACUCACAAGCUGCGGACGCAUUCGUUGAAUGAGGAGAACGUUUCCGAGAAGGUGGAGGAGCGGGACUCUGGUACCGAGUCUGACGACGAAGCGGACCGCGAGCCCGGUGACUAUUGCACAGACGUUAUCAUGAAGUGGAACGACGUUACGGAUAUCAGUAUGAGCGGCGAAGCAUGCGCGUGCGCACCUACGCCGCCGCGGCUGUUGCCCGACCCGGAACCUGACCAUUUAUACGACCACCACUCCUCCGAGGAGGAGCUAGAGGUGAUCAACGGAGCGCCGAGCGGAGCGGGCGCGGGCGCGGGAGCGGAGGCGGGAGCGGGCGCGGGCGCGGGUGCAGGCGGCGGCGAGUCUCGACGUCGAGGGGCGUCAUCUCCGCCGCCCGCAGCCCCCGAGAAGCGCAAGUGGCCCGCGCAGCCCUACCUCGACGCGGACGCGGACGACCUCGCAGCCCGCGCGCCCUCCUCCGACGACGACGACACCAAGGUAGAGACUCCGGUGCGGUUCCGAACGUCGCCACCACUGGAAGCGCUGAAGCCGCGGCGGGCAGGUGGCGCAGUGUGCGCGUGUACCAGCGGCCGCAGCGAGCGGAACGAGCGGAGUGAGCGGAAUGAGCGGAACGAGCGGAGUGAGCGGAGUGAGCGGAGUGAGCGGAGUGAGCGAAGUGAGCGGUCCGAGCGCGAGCGCGGAGAGCGCGCGCCCGCGUCCCCGCGCCGUCGCCGCAUGCCCCUACCGCCCCCACGCCGGCAUCGGCCAGCUCUUGAUUUCGAUAAGAUGCAACAGUUGCGCGUGGGCGGCGGCGGCGUGCGGUCGUGGCGCGCGGUGGGCGGCGCGGGCGGCGAGCUGUCCGUGUUCUGCUGGUGAUGGCGGCCGCCACCACCACCACCCGCG